GGGCGGGGUAUGAGGGGGUCGAAACCGGAGAGAGAAUCCCAAAAAUGACAUCUAGAUUGUGGUGGAGCUGGGAGCGACCGGGACUGUGAGAAAAGAAAAAGAAGUCAGAUCUUGCGUUUGUUAGGAGCUUACCAAGAACGGCGCGCAGCGGAAUUACGCAUGCUUUCCACUUUGGAUGCCUCAGCGCGGGCUUUGCUGCCUCUUUUGGAAAUGUAGUUGCAUUCUUGAGUCAAUCUCAAGAAAGCAUUUGUUCUCACUAGUUGAUGAGAGAAGUGAGAGCCGCUGAGGCUCCGUUUCCUGCGUUUGCUAGCGCGCUGCAGCUGGGCUGAAGAAGCCCCGCAGGGCUGACUGAACACCGGUCCUCCUCCUCCUCCUCUUUCGUCUCCGCUUGAAACCCACAGCUAGUCCGCUGCCAAAGUCGGUGGGAGAGAAAUAAUAAUAAUAAUAAUAAUAAUAAUAAUAAUAAUAAUAAUAAUAAUAAUAAUAAUAAUAAUAACAACAACAAUAAUGUGCGACCUGAUGCCAGCCUCUCAACCCCCGGAGAAAAUCGGCAAAAUGAAAAAGUUGAGGAGAACUUUGUCUGAGAGUUUCCGGAGUAUUGCUUUCAAGAAGGAGGACAGCGGCUUUGAUGAGCCUUAUAUGACAGUGUCUGAUGAUGAGCGAGGGCAGAGGCUGCCAAGGCUUGGUAUGAAGAGAAGUCAGAGGGGGUUGGAGGCUGAGAUAUGUGUCACAAAGAUGUCCACACGCAGCUGCCAGGGAACAGACUCUGUCAUCAAGCCCCUGGACACCAUCCCUGAAGACAAGAAAGUGAGAGUUCAGCGUACGCAGAGCGGCUUCGACCCAUUCGAGAAGCCUGCCAGCCAGGUGAAAAGAGUCCACUCUGAGAACAAUGCCUGCAUCAACGCCAAGAGCUCAUCUGCUGGCAAAGAGUCCCCAAAACUACGCCGCCACUCCAGCCCUAGUUCUCCCACCAGCCCCAAAUUUGGAAAGGCAGAUUCCUAUGAAAAGCUGGAGAAGCUGGGAGAGGGUUCAUAUGCUACAGUUUACAAAGGAAAAAGCAAGGUGAAUGGAAAACUGGUGGCUCUGAAGGUGAUUCGUCUGCAAGAGGAAGAAGGAACACCGUUCACGGCCAUAAGGGAAGCAUCUCUUCUGAAAGGCCUGAAGCAUGCUAACAUCGUCCUCCUCCAUGACAUCAUCCACACCAAGGAAACCCUGACUCUGGUUUUUGAAUAUGUGCACACGGACCUGUGUCAGUACAUGGACAAACAUCCUGGAGGACUACAUCCAGACAACGUAAAGCUCUUCCUUUUCCAGUUGCUGAGAGGUCUGUCAUACAUCCACCAGAGGUACAUUCUUCACCGCGACCUGAAGCCCCAAAACCUCCUCAUUAGUGACACCGGAGAGCUCAAACUUGCUGACUUUGGCCUGGCCAGGGCCAAGUCAGUCCCCAGCCAUACCUACUCCAACGAGGUGGUGACCCUGUGGUACCGGCCUCCAGAUGUCCUGCUGGGAUCCACGGAUUACUCCACCUGCCUGGACAUGUGGGGAGUGGGCUGCAUCUUCAUUGAGAUGAUCCAAGGAGUGGCUGCCUUUCCUGGGAUGAAGGACAUCCAGGACCAGCUUGAGAGGAUAUUCCUGGUCCUUGGCACUCCAUCUGAGGACACAUGGCCCGGCGUUAACUCCUUGCCUCACUUUAAACCAGAUCGUUUUACGGUGUACAGCGCAAAGAAGAUCAGACAAGCUUGGAAUAAGUUGGGCUAUGUGGACCACGCUGAGGAGUUGGCCUCCAAGUUCCUCCAGUGCUUCCCAAAGAACCGGCUGUCAGCUCAGGCAGCACUGAACCAUGAAUACUUCAGCAACCUUCCUCCACGGCUCUGGGAGCUGCAGGACAUGUCUUCUAUCUUCACCGUACCAAAUGUCAAGCUGCAGACAGAGAGCGGGGACAGCAUACAGGUGUGUGCACGAAGGAACAGUCAUGGAAAGGCAUCCUCUGGCAGCAAACACUGACCUGAGGCAGCAUCCUGCACACGGCUGCCUGACAGGUGGCUGUUGUGGAAAGAAAAAAUGGAGACAGAUGCUGACAUUGAGGAUCCAGAGAAAUGCAAGAGCCCCAGUUCUCUUUAUUUAUUACCUUCACAAUAUAUGUGAGUGUGGGUGUGGGUGUGGGUGGGUGUGUGUGUGGCGUGUGCAUCAGGAAGAGAGCAAGCAUUGGGCAUGUGUGCAUUCUGAUCAGUACCUAAGAUAUAAGGCUAUCAUUUGCAAAUUUUGUUUACUUUUUAUAAGGUUCCAAUAACUCAUAUAUCAUUGUCUCAGUAUAAACAAAAGGACUUUACUCUUGGUACAUAUUGUGUUUUGUGUUUGUAACUAGCCUCCUAUUUAAGAAUGUAUAUUUGUAUGUAUGAUAUACUCAUCUAGAAACUAUAUAAUGGACAGUUUUAAUAUUGCUUCAUCUUGUCACCACUAUAUUGCUCUUGCCAUUACAUACAUGCACUAAUGCAGUCAGUUCAAAGAAAACAAUGAAUGCUAAAGUUUUUCACUUCUGUUUAACUCUCAUUUGUGGAACUGUAGAAAACAACAAUAAUAAUGUUAUAAUAAUGAUGAUCAUAGAGGGCUUUCAGGUAACACACUCUGGCAGCCAUACUGGAGGUCCUUGGUUCUUUUGUAGCUUAAAUAGCACCUGCUUUAAAGCUUUAACUUACUGUUUAAUGGACUGUACACAACAUAGUAGCUCACUGUUUCCAUUUUGCUAUCAGCAAAACCCAUAAAGAGCAAAUCUGGUAGGUAGUAGUAAAUAAGAAUCUUUGUCAGGUGUUUCUCUUCCUAGUUUAUCAGUCUGUGUGGGUAAAAGUUGGACACAACUAAAAGCAAACACAUUUUUACAAGCUUGCUUUGGUAGUUUCAACCAUGAUUUUCAUCAGUUAUAUGAGUAUUCACUCACAGGUACUGUCACAGAGUAAAUAGCAAUACAUAUUCAAGGUUAGAAGAAGGUACUCUGAGCUUCUCCCUUAUUUUCCAAGGGGUCACCACCACAGAUAGGUCCACGUGUUUAGUUUGGCACAGAUUUUGUACCAGAUGCCCUUCCUGACACAUUUAUUCAGGCUUGGGACUAGAACUAGGAAUACUCUAGGUUGUAAUCCCCCUGAGGCUGGAUUUGUGUCUCCUCCCAGUCUCAAACUAGGUUCCUUUUGUAUGUAAGGCAAAUGUGUUAACCGCUACCAUGGAGCCACUAAAUGUUAUGCAAAAGGCACUGGAGCAGAUUUCAUGAAGCUCAAAUUUGACCCAAAGCCCAAAGAACUUAUUAAUAGAUUCAGAUAACUUUCCUUAAAACUGCAAAUUAUUUUGGUCUUUGGUGGAGAAUGCACUCUCCAGUUUAAUUCAGGAUCCAGUAUGUUCAUUUCACCUUUUGGCUGGUGGUCACCAUUUGGUUCCAUUAUCUCAUUGCAACCUCUUAUUCUACACUGGUUUAGGGGUAUUUGACUGGAUAAUUGUUGCCUGCAGCUGUUUAUCUCAACAAUCCAACUAAUGAAUGAAACCAGCAUUAAUGAGCAUUAUCUUUGGCUGGUUUUCCUGGAAUGCAGUCCAAAUGCACACAUUUAAACAGAAACCAGCCAAUUCUUGAAGUUUCAAAACUGACGUGACAUUAUCAUCGCUCAAAAAAGAACACGUAAUAGGCACGUGCAGUGGACUGUGCAAGAAAUGUGAGAUAAAAUAUUUUGUCAGUGGGUGUACAACUGAAGUGAAGAGGCUUUAGGAUCUGGUACCUAACUCUCACAAUGUGUAUGUCAGCUGGCUUGUCUCCCUCUUUUUCUUCUACUGAACUAUAAAAAUCUAGGUUAGAUGUGGAUUCAAUCAUUUGCAAUAAAAAGCAGGUGUUAUUAUUGUUGACUUGUUGUAUUUAAUUGAACUUUGAAAUCGGUUUGUGAGUAGUAUUCUGUCAGAGUCCAUCAGAGUCAUGGCCAAAACUUCCAAAGUAAGACUUUGGUUGUAGGAAAAUAUUAGUAAUUUAGUAUUUCAGUGGACCUCCAUGAUGGAACCCCGUGUGACCAGUUGUUUUGUUGCAACUUGAAAAGCUUCUCUAAUCCAAAAAUGAUCUCUGCUGAAGAUGUUGACAGUGUACACGUAACACAACAGGGACGGCACCAACCAGUGUGCGCAUACUGUGUUUAACAACAGCUGUUUAAUGGAAAUGUGUGCAUGUGCUAGUGUGUGCGAGUGUAUUAAACAUGGGCAAUAGCAAAGCACUGGUGCUUCCAUCCAUGUAUAUGAGCUAAUGUACAAAAGAUAAAACACAGAGGCACAGGCAGUGGGGCCUGUUGCCUGAUCCUGCCCACGACAAUCCUUCUUUUUACUUCAUCUGUUACUAACAAAAUAUCUGCAAUAUUCUAUCAAACACAGAGGAUCUGUGUCAAUAAGGGUUUUUCAUCUUCGGCGUCAAAUGUUACAGAUCUGGAAAUUUUCUUUUCUGACAAAUUAGAAUGAGUGAUUUGGAGAGUGUGUGUGUGUGUGUGUGUGUGUGUGUGUGCAGUAUGUGUAGAGUAGCUACACAUAGUAAGAGGUGGUGAUUAACUUUGUUCAGUCCCUAUACCACCAACAUGUGCUCUCAAGCAGAGACUUUCCCAACAUGUUCUACAUGUUUUGUAACUUUUUAUGACACCGUGAUGAAGGUCAACUGUAGGGUGUCAUCUGCAAAGAUCUUUAUACUGGGGUUUGUCUUUCUUUUGGUGUUUUGUGUGCAGGUAUCUGAAUAUUUCAGCUUAGACAUAUGGUGAUGAUUGUGAGGUACUACCGAUUCAAUGGCUUCCUCUUUACCAGUCCAUUUGAAAGUGACUGAAACAAUAAUAUUGGCCCUGCACUGUUGAUUAGCCAAAAAUCUGAAGCCAUGGACAAAUGGAAACUGUGGAUGCUCAUGGUGUUACUCCACAGCCUCUCAAACACACACACACACUAAUACACACAUAAUAGAGAUGUCUUGCUUGUCAGAAUAUUUCCUCACAGCCAUGUAGACUAGUCAGCUGUAUAACCCUGCAGCCACACCAUGCAUCCCUUUGGCUGAUUUCUGCAUUGCUGUCACCUUCAAGGCCAGCUUCAGAUUUGAUUUUUUUUUUUCAUGUCUUUCUUCCAUACAAUGUUUACAUAAUGUAAUAAUCCCUCUUCUUCAUGUGGUGAUACGUUCAAAGAGCAAGUAUUCAAAGAUCAGCUGUCGCUAGCAUGAAGCUUUUGCAGCUAGCUGCUUCAGUUACUACAAUGAGAUGUAGUUUUUAGGAGCUGUGAGCCACUGGGUUGGGAUACUUAUGUUCUGUUCCUUGAGCUGUAAGUGGACAGUGGUCUGCUGCCAUGUUAGCUGUACCGCUUACCUCACAUAAGUUGAUCAAGGCUAACAUAAGGAGGCAGAAACAAUGAAGGCAUAAAAAAUAACAGCAAAAAUGCUCAGUGUGGAGCUAUGAGGAAACUGUCACCAACCUCGCAUUAUAGAUGUAACAGCCAAAAAGGCCAUGUAUCCAUCUUGUUUUCACUAUGGUUUUACCUCAUUAAAGUUGCACUGCACUAGAGAUUUGCCACCACCAUUUAUGAUGUACCCAACUCUUUAGUUUCACACAUGCAUUUUUUUUUCUUGUUCUUUUGCCCUCUAGUUGGAAACUUGGUGAAUAUUUGUGCUUUAUUUGCUGCUAACUACAAUUUUCAGUUGAACUUUGGAGUGUAUUUUGGCACAGAACAAAGACUGAGGAUUUUGCCCCUAUUGUUUACUUGAUGAAGGAAUCACUUCUGACCUGAGUGCUGAGAGGAGGGAUGAUUACAACGAUUUGUAAUUCUUUUACUGUGUGUGUAGCAUGUGAGUAUUGUGUGCGCAGAGUGACUUGAAAAUAUCAGAGCCCAACCUUUAAAGGGGGUAAACCCACUGAAGAGAAGGAAGUGGAGCCGUGUAUCACGUUUUAUCACGACUGCGCUCCAGUCCAGCUUCUUCAGCCACAGAGAGGGUGGCUCUGAGGUGAAUGGUUAUGGGCUAAACUAUCUCAACAGCAUUGUUUUUUGUUUUUUUUUUCUUAAAACACUUCAACAAAAAAAAUCUUUGCCCUACAUUUCAGCCUGUAUGGUUGCUGUUAUGCACUGGCUUGGCCCUUAAUAAUAAAUAUAUGAAUAUAAAUAUAUAAACCCUAACUUUGCCUAAUGCAGAGCAAACCGGCCUUCCUCACAAAUGUAAAUAUUGUCCCUGGGUUUGAAUUUUUAUUGCAGAUAGGAGAGCGCAUAGGAACGCUGUACUCUGAGUUAUCUUGCGGCUUUUCAGUGUCAUCCCCAGGCUGUGAUUGUGCGGCAGGAAAAAAAGGGGAAGCAAGGCGGUGGGUAAUGCCAGUAAAGCAGCGUGACAGAAGAGGGUUAAUACCAUCGAGCUGUGCUAAGAUUGCCCAGCCUCGUGUGGCUUUAAGGGAUUGCAGGCAGUAUUAGCAGCUGAAUAAUUAUUUUUGGUAUGUUUCUCCCUGUGUGCACACGCUCAGUGUGGCAUAUACCCCCCCCCCCCGAAAUGCAGUCUUGUAUAAAACCUAUAUUUUUGAGUCCUGUGUAGGCAGAGUUCAAGCUCUGUUUAAACUUGAAUGUGCUUCAUAUGGUUCAUAUAAAGCCCAGUGAAGGUGAGACUAGGUGGAAUUGCACAUUUAGCACUGUGACAGAGAAGGAAGAGAAAUCAGUAGAAAGAUGGAAAUUGAUGAGGUGAAGUGACGCUUCCACUACCUUUGUAUACAGGGUUGCAAAUGUCCCCUUAAUGCUAUUAAAGAGAAGUAAGUCAUAUAUGAUUGUACGUAUAUGAUGGGUAUAAAUAUAAGGCAUCUAUUUUUGACAUUCUUUGUCAUGUGGGCAGAAGUGGUGUGAACAGGAAAAACAGAGGUUGGAGCCGAUGUGCAUCCUCGCUGUGCUCAAUGAUGAGUCUGUGUUUGCAACUUUUUUUGGUAAAGCUUCUCUUUGCAUUUUUCUUUUGUAUGCUGCACUGAAAAUCCGUCAUUUUCACGAGUGGUUUGGAAAACAGAAGUGUCAGUCACUUCAUCAAGUGAAAUAUUAUAGUAUACAGUAGAGUAGCUGUUGCAUUAUUUGUUACAACCUGUAUGUAAUGUUAUUAUGGAAGAUGUAAUGUCCUUCUGUAAAUGUUGUUUAAUGUU